ACCCACAUCACAUCUGGACAAUCCUAGCCAUGGCGGAAUCGGCGCGUAAGAAACAGCGCCUCUCCCCGGAGCAGCCGGCAGAAGAGGCACAGCACGCUGGUCCGCGCAUCCAACCUACCACUCCCUUCCGUCGUGCCAUCAGCGCAGGACCCACGCCAGGAAGCAGGCACACGCCAGCCUUCCAUACUCCAGGCACUGGGCGGACGCCCCGAGGCGGACCAGCGACACGGCCUCUUACAGGGCGUCGAGUAGCUCCAACCACUCCCCAUGCGAUCAGAGCACUGCGAGAACGCGCCAAUGCGGCCAGGACUCCAGGAAACAACCGCAGACGGAGUGGGAGAGUGCAGAGGGAAACUCCACGAGACAUCUUGCGAGAUUUGAGCAGAGCGCUCGCCCGCGAUAGUCACCCGGUCGAACCAUCCCCCCAGACUCUACCACGGCGCUCUCGACAUUCCGCACUGGAUCUCCCAGACGUAGACGAUGGCCCUGACCCCGCUGCGCCCCGCCUUUCCAUGGCGCUCGAUGACAUGUACGACGAGGAUAGUAUCCACGAACGUCCGCCGCGACAAUCAUUACUGCCUGAUCUACCGGAUGAUGUGGACGGCGGGACCAUCCAAUCCCUCGAAUUCGGGCGACGGGCGCUGAGCGAAGACCCCCGGCUUGCAGGAAGGGUCAGCGAGCGAUUUGCUGACUUCAGCGAAUUGGGGGCGGUUGAAGAGGAAUAUGAGAUCGACGGAACGUUCAUCAACCAGCGUACGCCUGGCGGCGACCGGCUACUUGACCAGACCAUCGACGAGGCGCUAGACGAGGAUAACACUACGACUCAGAUUCGAGCACUGACAGGUCGAAGGGAUGGAAGACCGAGCGAUGUUGACCUGGGCGUGUUUGGCGACGCAGAGGACGACAUAGAUGAUCCCACGUUCAGAUUUCACAUUCCAGAGCGCAUGCAAAUACCUGUGCAAGAAGAGCCUGCAGAAGCGCAAGACGAGCAAAACUCGGAUAACGAACUCCCAGGGCUUCCAGAUGACGAACUGGAGGAAGAAGUGGAGGACACACAGCUGGAGGAGACUGCAGCACUGGACGUGGACGAGCCCGCAGAAGCACUCGGCGUAAUUGACUGGGAAUCUGACGACGGCUUCGACAACGACGCAGAUCUCGUCGCAUACCGCGAAGAAGAACCAGCACUAGAUCGAAGUCUGCAAACACAGUCGCCCGAACGCUCUGCUGCCGAAUCCAAACAACGCGCGGGCCGAAAAACCAAAGAAGUGAGGAUCUCGAAGCGUGGACUCGAAUACCCUUCCUUCCCAACAGCACCCGUCAAGAAACUUGCACUAGGAUUCAUGAAGUCACAAGGAAGUAAAGCGCAACUGAGCAAAGACACACUCGCCGCCCUCGUACGUACAACAGACGAUUUCUUCGAACAGAUUGGCGAGGAUCUCGCAGCGUAUGCGCAGCACGGUGGACGCAAGGUGAUUGAAGAGAGCGACGUCAUUGCGCUCAUGAAAAGAACUCGCAAAACUACCAAGAACAGUACGGUGUUCUCGCUUGCGCAGAAGAUACUCCCCAGGGAACUGUUGCAGCAGCUCAGAAUGGAGCCGCUGCCCAAGCGGAGGGCGCAGAAGAGGAAGCUGGACAUCAUCGAAGAGGAAGACGAAUGAUGAAGAUGCGUUAUGCUGUUAUGACCAAUCGACGCUGUGUCGUACCCGCCGCUGGGUCCCUGAUAUAGGCUUCUUGACAACCAUCCAGAACAUGAUGGAUGUGGCGAAACUCAACGCGUACCUGACGAUGAUUAGCUGUUGUUUCAGUCGCAAAGGUGGAAGUUACGCACCAAGUAAAGAUGUACUGCGUGUGGUUGUUCCUCAGGUUCACAGUCGGCGCCCUCCCAAUCGGUACACCCUUGGGUUCGCGCUCAUAGUUUGUGAGCAAGUCCGGUACUGUCCAUAGUCAGAUACCCCAAUCCAUUUUACCAUGCAAUCAGGAAGAACUCACCCAUCGUCUCCUCAACCCACACAGC